CUAUCCUUCCUUUUAUGAUUUUAUUACACGACAGGUGGCUACACUGGCACGCCAAAACAUGGCUGCGUUUUGACGGUGAGCGAAAGUUGUAUUGUUAUAAAGUGGUUGUGAAACAAUUGAGAAACUCUAUUGCGACUUCAGUGAAUUGUUUAAAGAAGAGAGUAUGCAGACUACAUGUUUGACGUUAUUUUCUCAUUGAAGACAUCUUCGCUAUUCCAGAAAAUAUCCCCCAAGUAUCAAGAAGUUGUGUUUAUAACCUGCGAAUCAACUAAUUUCUGCGAAAUAAUAUUAUUCGUCAAGAAAAUCCAAUAGUGACUCCGAAAGAUCGGAAUUAACGAAGUUGGCUUUGUAAACGUUUGGCAUGUGUUGAAACAACCUGUUAAAAGUUCACUGAAUUCUGUUAAUUGUUCUAUUUUCAAAACGAAUUUGAAUUAAUAGUGCAUCAUUUACCAGUAAAAAUGCACUGAAAAUCCCAGAGAAAUGAAGACCGUACAUUUCCGCAAAAUGCAUAUGGACACAACGCAGAAGGAGUCUUAUUCCAAAUGUGUUUGAAGAAAAAGCAGCCAUGAAUGAAAAAUCUCCCUCAACGCUCACCAAAACCUGCUCCAAAUUUACAUGAAGACAGUUUCUGAUGUUAUGUUUAUGUUCAAGGUGUUGUGACUUUUCUGUGACUGCGAUGUGAUGGAGGACUGAUCUUUCGACACGCUGGAUCGAGCUAACUCUGGUCCAGGGGGUUGCCUAGACGGCGGAGGAACUGUACCCCCCGUCGUCCCACAGCCCCCGGGACCCCCGGGCCUGCCAUCUCUUCAUUCUGAGGUUACGCCAAAGCAAGCCGUAGUCGAAAGGCUACGUCGCCGUAUAGAAACGUACCGGAGAAGACAAAACGACUGCAUGCCUCGAUUCGACCACUCGAUCAGCGGUAUCUACGAGCAGAACCAGCAGGAUACGAUGCAGCUGAAGCAGCGGUAUCUGGACGCCAAGGCGAAGAGAGUACCAAAGAGCAAGGAUAAGAAACAGCAGGACUCGAUCCAGAGCAGCGUCCACGUGCAGCAGAAAUUCCUGAAGCGGUCCGCGGACGAGCUCGAUCCAGGCGGCGGCGGCCCCAGCGACAGUUUCGAGCCUCCCGUGAAGCUUCAAUGCACGACGCAGCAGCAGCAGCACCAGAACCCAGAGGGUCUCACCAAGUUCUCCGUCGAAAUCGUCCAGCAGCUCGAGUUCACGACCUCUGCAGCUAGCGCGCAGCCGCAGCAGAUCUCGACGAAUGUCACCGUCAAGACGCACGCGAACGCUUCAGUCAAGAGCGACGUUUCGUCCCCCAAGUCGACCAACCCUUCGCCGGCGCACCCCAAACCCAACAUCGACGUCGGGACGCUCGUCGAGUGCGUCAAGCAGGAACCCGACAACGACUUCGCCGACUUGGAUCAAUGUGCCGCAGCUCUGGAGAAAGACGCGGCCGGAGGCUUCGGGGGCUUCCCCGAUCUCAUCGGCGACGACACCAACGACGAGAUCAUCUCCUCGGCCACCUUCAACGACCUCAUCUCUGACAUCAGCAACUACCCCGACUACGAGCUGAUGAAGGACUUUGAUUUCGAUGACAAGUCCGAGAGCGGCUCCAAGCUGGAGGACGUAAAGGAGGCGUCGCAGCAGAGCCUUUCUGACGCCGGUAAGCAGCAACAGCAGAUACCCACUCAGAGCAACUACUCCCAGCCGGUGUUCGACAAGACCAGGAUGGCGACCGGAGGCGGCUACCCCAACAUGGACUUCUCCAAGACGGAGCUGAGUCCGGCAGCGCAGACCCUCAAGCAGAUGGCGGAGCAGCACCAGCACAAGAACCAGCUGGGGCUUUCGUUCGCCGGACCCAACGCGGCUAGGGUGCCGACAGCGCGUUCUCCUUACCCUGACUUCCCGUUCCAGACGGACUACGGCAGCCCCACCGCAGCCGGCUUCCACAAGGGCAGCCCCGGCUUCUCGCAGCAGCCCGACCUCAUCAAGCAGGAGAUCUUCCAAGGCGCUGAUUUCGCCGACAUGAAACGCAAGGGCGGCAUCUACAAACAGCAGCAGUACUCGCCGUACGGCAGCCCGAGCAGUCACGGUAGUCCCGGAUACUUGCCGCCCCCGCGCGCAGGUGCUGCUCCCAAUCCCGGAGCCGGACCUUUCGGGGGAGGUACGCCGCCCAGGCCGUCUUCGGGGCCAGGCGGAAACAAUUCCGGCGCUUCGGUGCAAAUCAACCAGGCGCAGCAGUUGAACAUCAGCCAACAGGGCCACGGACAUACGAUACAGGUAUCCGCCGGCCAACAUGUCCACCUCAGUGGCGACCUCAAAGGCAACGUUUCGAUCGCCGCCCAGCAGGGCAUGCAUUUCAGCCAUCACUCCAGCCAGAACGGAGGCGUAUCGACCUCACAAUCUUCUUCUACCAACAACCAGCAACAGCACCAUCACCAACGGUCGCAGCAGAGCCCUUUGGGGACGCCCCAACACCAGAAUUCCCCAAUGCACAACAGCAUGGGUUCCCAGAACUCGAUGAAUCAUCAGUCGGGAUCGCAUUUAGGUGGCGACAUGCACCCAGGCAGUCAGCAGAUGUCCGGAUCGCAACAGCAGUCCGUUGGGGGUGGAAUCCAAGGGAUGGGCGGUAUGCCCGCCUCAGGAAAUAUGCCGGGAUCUGAAAGCAUGUCCGGCAACAUGGGCAUGCCCAACAUGGGACACGGCAGCGGCAUGAGCGGACUUAACAGUAACCUGGGCGGCCCUGGCGGCCUGCCGUCCAACAUGUCCGGCAGCAUGGGCGGCGCCGGAGGAAUGCCCGGUAGCAUGGGCGGCAUGCACCCCGGCAUGCAUCACGUUGGCGGCAUGGGCGGCGGCCAUUCUGACACGUAUUCUUUGUCUCAAACGCAGACCAUUAACUUCACUCAACAAUCUCUGCGAAGAGCUGGUGGACCAGGAGUGGGCAAUCCGAUGGGAGCAUCGGUCCCUAUGGGCCCGGGACCAAUGCCUAGUCAGGGCAACAUGGGACCAAGACUGCUCAAUGCGGCACAGCAAUCGCUCGAGCAACAGAAACUUCUUCACCAACAACAGCAACUGAUGCGUGCUCAGCAACAGCAACAGGCCGCCAUGCAGCAGCAACAGCAGCAGCAGCACAUGGUUCGUCCACCGCCCCCCGAGUACAAGGCAAGCGCCGGUAUGAUGCAAGGAAUGCAGCCGAGAUACGCGGCCACGCCGCCCAACAUCAGGCGGAUGCCACACCAGCCGAUGCCGCCCUCCGGUCCGAUGAUGCGUUCCAAUAUGUUCCUGCUGCCCCAACAGCAGCAGCAGCAGCAACAGCAGCAGCAGCAUCAAUCGCAGAUGCAACAGAGAACAGUGAUGUAUGCCAGACAACAAGGUCCUUUGCCAGGACUGGAUCAGCACAACAGCAGCGAGUGGAGGCAUCUGCUCAUGGCCCAACAACAGAGCUCCAAUUUCAACCCCAUGCGACCCAAUUUCCAACAAGGUUUCAACGUAAACUCGAACAAUAUCCAGCAAAUGUCCGUUCUGCAGCACCAGCAGCUUCGAAGCCAACAAGGCAUGGUGUCUGGCAGCCUAGGCGGCCAGCAGAGCUUAAACCAGGGACUGAUCCAGGGGCAAGUUUUGUCGCAAAACAACAGCCCGAUGACUCAAAUGAACAACAUGAAUCAAGCCAUGUUGCACAUGCAACAGCAACAGCAGCAGCAGCAAAACCUUAUGCAGCAACAUAACUCGCACAUGUCCAUGUCAAACAUCCACAUGCAGCAAUCCCAGUCGCUCUCCGUCUCGAACCAGCAGCAAACCACCAUGAACAAUCAGCUGAGCGGCGCCCCUUCAAAUCCCCAGAACAACAUCCUAAGCACGUUCAACCCGCAGGCUGACUUCAAUUUCGAGUUCCUGGACAAUUUGACAACAGGCGACUCGGGCACCUUCACCGAUCAGGAUCUGUUGAAUUCUUUCGACAGUGACGCCGGCUUCAAUCUAGAUUUUUAGUAAGAUUUUAUAGAGAUUUUUUUUAUUCGGCCAGGAAGAACGAUCUCAGCCCCGUAUCUGCUGGGAGUGACUGGGUUUUGGGAACGAUGAAAAUUAUUCGUAGGGUUUCGGUAGUUUGGUUGUUGUUGUUAGUUGGGGCCAAUUAAUUCGAUCAAAAAAAUGGUUUCGCAUGGAAGGUAUAUCCCUGAAACGUUUCUUGAUAGUGGUUUGAAACGGCAUAUCAAAAUACGUAUUCUUUUUUACAUUAUACAGGCUGAGAGUUCCCAGAGAAAUGUGUUCGUGUUUCGAAUGAUAUCCAGCGGUUUGGCGUUUUUAAAAAUAUCUAACAGAAGAAAAUAAAUUGGGAAACUGUUUAGCGAAAAGUGUUUCUUGAAUACGUUAUGGA